AUGGAUAGUGGUUUCAUGGGGAAAUUGGACUUUGGUGGUGAUGAUUCAUCAUCGCUUAAGCUUCAGGUAAAAGCUUCCCCAACUAGUUCUGGUGAAGGGAACUCGAGUGUGGAAUUUGGAAACAGUGAGUUUACUGCAGCUGAGAUUGUAAUGACUGACCCUAAACGUGUUAAAAGGAUAUUGGCAAACCGUGUCUCUGCUGCACGUUCAAAGGAGCGGAAGACGCAAUACAUGGCGGAGUUAGAACACAAGGUGCAGACCCUUCAGACUGAGGCCACUACAUUAUCUGCUCAGCUCACGCAUUUGCAGGUGAGAAUACACCAACAGGUGAGAAUACUUGGAGAAGGGGAACUUCUGUCUUUCUACCUACAGCUACGUAUCCCAUGUUUCCAGAAAAACUUGCCAUGGAAGGAAUGA